AUGCCCGGCGCAAAGGCUGAGGACACAGCGUUGGAAGUUGCACUGCGAGACAACUCGGGGCUGCCUGGAACCCCGGGUCUUUUCCUAGGACGCCCUGGAACACCAGAGCAGGACAAAGGGAAAGUGUCCUCCGAGCUGGAGACAGGGUCGCGCUCCGCCGACAGAGGCGGGCUCAGGGGUGCAGAGCUGGCUGCCCGGGUCGCAUUCUCCGGUCACCAAGAGGUGGGCGGCGGCCGGAGCCUCGAGAGGAACACCCAGAAGAACCCUCCCAGGGGCGCGCUCACGACAGUGACGCCACCAGCGCGAGGGCGGCAGGGUGGGCGGAGAGGAGCGGCGCGCACCGCCCCUCGGAAGGCGGGAUCGCGGUUUCGGAGGGCCGGGGCGGGGCGGGGUGCGCCGGGGAGUCGGGGCGCCUGCCGGCGGUUUCGAUUAGUGCGCGGAGCUGCGGCGGCAGAGUAG